AUGGAUCGGCUCAAGACCAAGCGUAAAGUCCGACGCAGUCAGAAUACGAAGAUAAUCAACGAGAUAACGACCAUGCUCCAGUCCGUCGCCGUUGAUGCCUCUUCUCUCGAGAACCUGAGAGACAGACUGGUAACCAGCAACGAGGAACUCCGUAAAGUCAACGAGGAGAUCGAACCACACAUCAGCGAUAGUGACCUGGAGACAGACUACAUCACUGUCGCAGAAUAUGAAGACGAAGUGGCUAGGACCCUCAGCGAACUGCGCAACAAGAUCGCGCGGUUGCAGGCAACGCCAACCACAUCCGCUACGGGAGCCGACGGCGACAGGCGCCACCCAUCCCAAGCUACGGGAGUGAAGCUCCCCAAACUGCAACUUCUACACUAUCAAGGGGAGCUCACGCAGUGGCAACCGUUCUGGGAGCAGUUCGACGCCUCAAUACAUUGGAACACCAAGCUCUCUGAUGGAGAAAAAUUCCAGUACCUGCGGUCGCUUCUGAAUGGGCCUGCCGCCAGUGCCGUUUCCGGGCUGCAGGCUACGGCAGCGUGCUACAGAGAUGCAAUAGAGAUACUUACUGAACGCUUUGGCGACAAGCAAUACAUUCAGCGGGAAUAUCUGGAACGGCUUCGAAACCUUCCAAUGGUAAAGUCAGUGCGUGAUGUCCAAGGACUGCGCAAUGUGUACGAUCACGUCCAGACAAACAUUCGCGGUUUGCGCUCCUUGGAUGUUUCAAGCGCGACGUACGCCAGAAUGAUGGUGGACAUACUCCUGUCCAGUCUUCCAACGGACAUCGUUGUGGAUUACCAUCGACACAAAAGCUACGGAAUACCACUUGUAGUUUCCGCCGGCAGAGAGGAGGGGGCUAGCACGUCUGGCGAUGGAGCAGUCAACGUCGCUGCAUCGACAACGGAUGCCGGUGAGGAGCUGGCGAAACUUUUGCGGUUUCUUCGCGUGGAAAUCGAGAGCAGAAAACGAUCAGCACCGCUCGAGAAAAGACCAGCGAGUGUGCCGAGGAUAGCUUCUAAACCGAUACAAACUGUUUAUCCACCAUCAACGUUCGCGUUACAAACCAGCGGGACAGACAACUACUGCUUUUUUUGCAACCAGCAGAGUCACAGUACCGGCGCUUGUACUGCUGACAUCGCACUUGAUGAAAAGAAAGGAAGAUUAGCGCAAGACAUGAGAUGUUUUCGCUGCACCAAACGAGGGCAUCGGUCCAAAGACUGCCGCAGCCAAGCGAGAUGUUCUGGAUGCAGGGGACGACAUGUCUCGUCAAUGUGCAAUCCUGCUUGGCAGACAACAAGACCAGUUCCGGAAGAGAUCGCCAAUAUACUCACCACCAGUAAUACGACGCCUCACCGAGCAUCGAGCGUUCUACUGCAAACUUUCAGGAGCUGGGCCGUGAGUGAUGAGAGCUGCGCAUAUAUCCGCGGUAUUAUCGAUGGUGGAAGCCAGAAGACGUUCAUCAGAGAAGACUUGGCAAAUAAACUUAACUUGAAAAUUAUAGGCCAACGAAGCAUGAAGCUUAACACCUUUGCCAACAGCGGCUCGGACGUGAUAAAACAGAACUUCACACUGGUCAGACUACGACUUCGAGGCCAGUAUGCGAUGACGGAGUAUGUUUUAGAAGCCGUUGUCGUCCCAUUUACCUGCCAAGAUCUCAUCGAAACACCCGUCGAACAUUCGUUCCUUAAAGCGAUCACGGGGUCCAUCGCUGACAAGUUGAUGUUUCCCUCCGUCCAAGCAGAGGAAGGCAUAAGCCUGCUCAUUGGCGCUGACCAAAUGUGGAGAUUGUUGACUGGCGAAACACGCCGCUCAUCAUCCAUCCCCGGCCUGGUGGCCAUUUCAACUAGCCUAGGAUGGACCUUUCAGGGUCCAACAGGCACCGUGUGA